AUGGCCCGACAAUUACAGCCGCGCUUCGUCUCCACGCCGCUGAUCGUGUUCAGCAUAUCGCUCUCCCUCACAAUCUCCUCACUCACUCUCAGUCCUGCAACAGCAGAGUCCACUCAUGUUUCUCCCAAGCGACGCAUUCGAAGACUGCUCGACCUAGUCAGUAACCCCCUCGGCGGGUCCAUCCCCUCCUCAUUCUUCAGUGCGACGCCGACCUCUGCGGCAGCGCAGCGCGUGCUGCUGGGCCAGGCUCUAGGCGCGGAGCCCGCGGCGUCGACUCAGCUAUCGUCUGGCUGGCUCGGCACGUUCAAGGGAGCGUCGACCGGUCUCUACGCGGGUGUGAGGGGCGUGUUCGAGUCGGUGAAGGCGACGGUGGGUGCGACGACCGUGCAGGCGUUCGGCAUCGCAGGCGACACUGUGGACGACGUGCGCGAGAGAAUCGAGGGCGGCGAGUUCCCCCCAUCGCUGCAGCUGCGCGUGGCGGUGGUGUGUGCGGGGAUCAACGACGUGCUGCAGGGGAGAACCAGCGCCGCCACCAUGGCCUCCAAGGUGGCAUCGCUGGCGAUCAGUGUGCGCAAGGCACACCCCUCCACCUCCGUGCUCGUGCUGGGGCUGCUACCCGAGGCGGCCAUGAGCAAGAACGUGUCACUGCCUGACCCUGUGCCUGCUCAAGUGAACGUCAUCCUCGCCUCCACUCUCAAACCAGGUACAGACUUGGUGGACGGGGUGUCGUUCCUCGACUGCUCAUCUGCCUUCACCAAUCCAGGGGGCUCCAUCAAUGCAGCAGCCUACGCACCUCACCCCUUCCCCGCAGCACCCCUUCCCCGCAGCACCCCUUCCCCGCAGCACCCCUUCCCCGCAGCACCCCUUCCCCGCAGCACCCCUUCCCCGCAGCUACCCUUCCCCGCAGCACCCCUUCCCCGCAGCUACCCUUCCCCGCAGCUACCCUUCUCCGCAGCACCCCUUCCCCGCAGCACCCCUUCCCCGCAGCACCCCUUCCCCGCAGCACCCCUUCCCCGCAGCACCCCUUCCCCGCAGCACCCCUUCCCCGCAGCUACCCUUCCCCGCAGCACCCCUUCCCCACAGCACCCCUUCCCCGCAGCACCCCUUCUGCUACCUCCUCUCUCACCUGCAAGUCGCAAGGCAUGGUAUGCUCUUCUGCCGUUUAUGUCGGCCAUGCUCAGGCCACCACCCGGCUCCCAUCCCCGCCCCUCCUCCGCCCUCUUGUGCCGCGGUACUCUGACUCCUUCCGCUACCUGCACCUCUCAGCUGCGGGCUACAAGGCAUGGUCGGCGUGCUUCACACCACAAGUCAAGACCAUGCUCAAGUGAGAUGGGGGGUGGUGCUGUGCGGUGCCAGGGAACUGCAAAGGAUGGGUGUGUGAGUGAAGGGGAGGCACAGGAAUUUAGUGAAGUGCCCCUCCCCCCUCCUUCCCCAUCUAAGCUUCCCGCCGCCUCUAAACCCAACCACACUUCCGAUUCGCCUGCCAAGCUCCCUGCUGCCAAGCCCUCUGUUUCAAAAAGCCGUUCCCCUCACAAGUCCCAUGAAAAGAAGGAGACUCCCAAGCAUCCUCCCUAUAAGCAUGUCCCGUCAAAGGAGCCACCAGCAUCUGACCUCCCUCCACCCGCCUCAGAGCCUCUUCCCAACAAAACGAGUAGUAAAAGCCCAAACACUGGGUCUAAACCCGCAAAUCACCCGUCCGAACCUGCUGCUGAAUCCGGUCCCAAGUCGUUCAAGCCUGGACAAAACACCUCCGAGCCUGAACCGAGCCAUUCUGAUCCCGAGCCUGGCGUUUCAAAGCCUGCGGGUGGUUCCUCCGAGCCAAGAGGCAGUUCAUCCGAACCUGAGCCGAUUCCUUCCGAGGCAGAUGGCUCGUCAGGUUCGGGGAUCAAGAGGAUGAAAGGGCGAGACCCUAAGCACCCGUACGAGCCCGGGGGGAGGAGCAGUGGGGGUGGGGGAGACUGGCGGAAUGGAAGCAGUGGGUCGAAUGGUAGUAGUGGUGAUGGUGGCCGUGGCAGCGGUGGUGGUGGUGGCAGUGGUGAGGGUAGUGAUGGUGGUGAUGGUGAUGAUGGUGGUGGCGGUGGUGGCAGCACUGGAAAUGGGACGAAUGGGAAUGUGACACAUGGGGAUAUGACACAUGGGAAUGUGACACGUGGCAAUGAGACGAAUGGGAAUAUCACGGACGGCAAUGUGACGGGUGGGAGCAGAGGGCCUACAGUAGCAAAUCCAGUGGAGAAGCAACCAGCCUCUGACACCGUGCCAUCUGCCCUGGCUAAUCUGCCCCCUGUUUCUGCUCCGCUCCCACCUCUACCUCCUCCUCUCUUGCCAGAUCCUCGCCCCAAGCUGCUUCCUCCCAUCGCUAUCCCAUCCUUACGAGCCCCCUCUGCACCCGCUCAUUCCCAUCUGCCAGCGCUUGUGAGGUGCGGCACGCGGCUCGAGGUCACCGGGCUCGACGGCCUCGCGCUCGGCGCGUCCUCGCUCAGCCAAUCAGCGGCGGACGCGCUGGGCGCGUCGCGAUGCGGCGCGCAGCACGCCGCCGCGAAUUCCGUGUCAAUGCUGGAUCAGUCGUUCGUCGUCCUGCCGCCCAACUCCUCCGCGUUUCACGGCGCGUCUUACGGCACCCCUCACGCGCCUCGUCAUGGAGCCGCUGGUGGGGCGAUCCGACCGUCAAUUAAUCCCGCGAUCAGUGCUCCGCCGUUGAUUCCACGUCCCCCUACAGGCAGUCCCGUUACCGCGAGUUCUGGUGCUGUUCCUGCCGCGUCUGUCGCCGUCUCUCCCGCUGCGGGCUCAGCUGGUGCAUCAAACCCAUCGUCCAUCCCAGAAGAGCAGCAGCCUCAGCCGCAGGAUCAGACCCAAGAGCAUCCCCAGCAAAGGUCAUCAACGGCUGAGAUUCAGUCUCAGAGUUGGUCUCAACUUCAGCGCCCCCCGCGCGUCUGGACGAGUCGUUCGUGGUGCUACCUGGCUCGGCUGCUUUUGGUAGUACCCAUCACCUCUGCCUCUUACACGCCUUGUGUUCUCGCCUACCUCUCCUUUGCUCCUCCCUCUCGCUUCCCCCGUUCCGCCCCUCCAGCGCCCCCCGCCCGUCUGGACGAGUCUUUUGUGGUGCUACCCGGCUCGGCUGCUUCUCUCUACGCCCCUCCUCCUGCCCUCCCCCACGCGCCCUCCUCCUCCUCGCACGCCCGCCCCUCUCCCCACACCCACCCCUUCCCCCUUCCUCCCACCAUGUCCGGUGCUGCUGCUAACGCACCUGCACCUGCUGCUAUCCCUCCUUCCUCACCCGCUGCUGCUGCCACCGCUGCUGGUGCCGCUCGCACUGGCGUCUCUGCGAGUUCUGCAUCUCCCUUGUUGUCACAAGGAGGGGUGGCAGCAGCCGUAGCCGUGACUGCAGCAGCUGCUGCUGCUGGUGCUGGUUCUGGUGCUGGUGCUGCUGGUGCUGCUGGUGCUGCUGCUCCGUCCUCUGUCUCUCAAUGCUACCGAGGCGAGGGCACAGGUUCAGAACAGGUGCUGCCUGAGAAUGUGACGGUGGGAAUCGGUUCAAAAGGGUUUGUUGCUGAUGCGGAGAGAGGGAGAGGAGGGAGUGAGGAAAAAGAAAGGAGGGGAAACGUGGAGGAGGAAAGGAGAGAGAGCGAGGAGCGGGAGGGUGAAAGAGGGGAUGGUAUGAGAGGAGGGCCGGAGAGAGGAGGCGAUAGAGAGGAGGAUCAAAAUGAUGCUGAGGGUGACGAUAGCGAAAGUGGAGAGCAGCAACAGCAGCAGCAAGAACAACAACAGAAACAGCAGCAGCAGCAGCAGCAGCAAUUCAAAGAGAGAGGCAGUGAGAGGGGGGCAAGGGAGGUGCAGGCAGGGGGGGGUGGCCUGGCGGGGCAGAUAGAGGCGGUGGAUCGAGUGUUUGACCUGGUGGCUCUGAGGACCAAGGUGGAGAUGCCCCUCUGCUGCCACUGCGCCCACCACGUCUGUCGCGAAAUUGAUGCUCAGGUGCAGUGCGGUGGAGUGCGGUGCAGGGUGGUGGGGUACGGUGCGAUUGCAUGUGGUGCGGUGCGGUGGGGUGGGGUGUGGUGGGGUAAGACGUGGUCUGUUGCGGUGAGGGAGGCAGAGGAAGAAAUAGCAGCGUACGAAGCAGCACUGCAAUCCAUCCUUGCCUCCGCCCCCUCCCCCUCGGCCGCCGCACACCACCCCUUCUCGGUCAACCAUGCGAGUCCUCUGUUCGCGCCCACUGCCGCUGGGGCUCCCAUGGGAGAGGACGCGUUCAGGCACCACAUGGCCGAGGUGGAAGAGGAGGAGAGGCGGCUACAGCAGGAGGCGGAGGAGCUGGAGCAGCAGAGGGCGCAGCUGCGGGCGCAACUGGGGGAGGUGGAGGCGGAGCAGGCUGAGCUGGAUGCUGCUGUCGAGAGGUACUGGCACGAGUUCAACGAGUUCCAGUACCAAGUGUCCGUGCACCAGGAGGCGAGGGAUGGGCUACUGGCGUCCAUAGAGGUGGCAGCAGCGCAGUCAGAUGCGUUGAGGCGCAGCUUUGUGCUCAACGACGCAUUCCACAUCUGGCAUGACGGGGACUUCGGCACCAUCAACAACCUGCGCCUCGGCCGCCUGCCAUCCGUGCCCGUGGAGUGGGAGGAGCUGAACGCGGCAUGGGGGCAGGCGUGUCAUUUGCUCUUCACACUCGCCCGCAUUGCCAACUGCCCCGUCGCGCAUCGCAUCAUCCCCAUGGGAAGCUUUCCUCGAGUCUCUGACGGCCAUAACCAGUUUGAGCUCUUCGGCCCAGUGAAUCUGUUUUGGAGCACUCGUUACGACCGGGCAAUGCUGCUCUUCCUGCACGCCCUCACGGAGUUUGCCGCCUUUGCCAAUGCACACGACCGUGCCAACCACCUCCCGCCUGAAAAGUCCUUCCAGCUGCCCUACAAGAUCGAGGGGGACAAGAUCCAAGGGCUGACAGUGAAGCAGAGUUUCAACCGGGAGGAGCGGUGGACCAAGGCACUCAAGUACCUGCUGUGCGACCUCAAAUGGGCGCUCGUGUGGACCAUGACCAACUUCCACCCACCACUGCCCACGCCGCCACCUGCUAUCCUGAACCUAGUUACACACCUUGACCAGAACAGCGCACCCUAG